AGCCGGGCGGGCCCCGACCGCCACCCUGCCGCAAUUUUCCUGUGUCAUGGCUCCGGUCUCUUAGCAACAGCCGCCAGUCCGGCCGCCCCGAGCCGCCGCCGCGGGCUCAACUCCACCCGGCGGAGCCCGGCGCGCCGCAGCCACACAAAAGAGGCUGGAGGGCCGGCGGCGCGGCUGCGGGGACCGGCCCGGGAGCGCCGCGCUAGGAGACGCCGCCAGCGGGAGGAGGAGCGGCGGAGAGGAGGGCUCCGAGACGGGAUGCGGGAUGCGGAGGACCUGACACUUCUUGGAAACUCUUGGAAAUGGCUCCCGCCACGGCCCCGGAGGGGACUGCGAGCCUGGGGCGGGCGCUCGCCCCCGCGGGGCUGCUGAGCCGGGCUCCAAUGCAGGGCCCCGGGGCGCUGUCCCUGCGCUCCGCCGUCGGCUCGGGCUGAAAAAGUUUCUCCAUGGUUCCUUUGUGUUGCCCGAGCGCCCGUUCGCCGGCCCCGACCUCCCCCGGUCUCCCUGGCAGGAGGAGGUGGCUGAGCAGCUAGUGGGCAGUUGGCGCCCUCCCCGCGCAAGCCUCCACCCCAGAGGCUAGUCCCGCACUCCACGAGUUCGCCAUGAUCGCCACCGGCGGCCUGCUGAGGAUUUCCGCCAGAAAGCAGGAUCCACUCCGCCCCCCAAGCCAGAUCCCCAAGCGCAAGCGGAAAUCCAAGAAGAGGCGCAAGAACGACGUGGUGGUAGUGAAAGGCAAGCUGAAGCUGUGCUCCAUCUCAGGGCUCAUCGCCCUCUGCGGGAUCCUGGUGCUGUUGGUGGGCAUAGCCAUGGCGGUGGUGGGCUACUGGCCGAAGGUCAAUGGGGCCAGUCGAGAGGGGGGUAAGCAGCUGCCGCCUGAGGGCAGCCGCCACCGCGUCCCGACCACGGCCAACAGCAGCAGCAGUGGCAGCAAAAACCGGUCCAGGAGCCACCCUGGGGCUCCAGGGGGUGUCAACUCCAGUUCCGCGGGCGUGCCGAGGAGCGCGCCUCCAGCGCGAGCCGCCGCCCCUUCCUCUUCCUCCACGUCGGUGGGCUUCUUCUUCCGCAUCUUCUCUGGCUACCUGCACUCUGACAAGCUCAAGGUAUUCGGGCCCCUCAUCAUGGGCAUCGGCAUCUUUCUCUUCAUCUGCGCAAACGCGGUCCUCCAUGAGAACCGGGACAAGAAGACCAAGAUCAUCAACCUGCGUGACCUCUACUCCACCGUCAUCGACGUGCACAGCCUCCGCGCCAAAGACCUGGCGGCCGCCGCCGCCGCCGCCGCAGCCGCCGCCGCCUCCUCGUCGUCGUCGGCCCCCGCCGCGGCGCCCCCCGGGGCCAUACCGCUCAACGGCUUCCUCAGCUACGUGCAGUCGCGGGGCCUGGAGCUGAAGUCCGGGAGCUGCGGUGGCGCCGGGGACGCCUUCGGAGCGGCGGCGGUGCUGGCCAAGGGCUCGUGGCCGCCUCAACCCGCGGCGCUGAGCGGCGGCCGACGCCGGGGCGCCGCGUCCCCCCCGGACCUGGCCUCUUCCCCGCGCUGCCCGCGGGAGCCCCCGAGCCUGGCCGAGGCCGUGUACAGCGUCUACCGCGAGCGCUCGGGCGUGGCCGGCCGUCGCCGGGCCGCCGUUGCCACCGCCGCCGCGGCCGCCAGCAGCUGCAGCAGUCCGGCUCCCUGCAGCCCACCCGAGAGCUGGGGGCGCCAGAGCACCGCCAGCUCCCUCGUGGGCUCCUCGCUGAGCGCCUUCGCGCUGCUGCCCUUGCAAGGGGACCGCGACAGGGACGCGGACGCGGAGGGCGCGAGCUGCAGCUGGCAGAGGCCGCCGGGGGAACGCGGCUCCCUGGAGAUCCCGAGGGGCGAGCUUGACCUGAGCAUGACCAACCUCCGCGGAGCCGAGGGCAGCGUGCGCCCGGCGCGCGGAGAGCUGGAGGAGCCCGAAGGCGCGGUAGCUGUGCGCGCCGCCAGGGGGCAGGGCGGCCGCCUGCCCAGGACCGGCAGGUACGCGGCCUUGCGGCGCCGCAGCACCAGCGGGCUCCCGGACUACAGGGCGCCGCCGUCCCCCGAACCCCCGCCCUCCCGGGGCAGUGCGGACCCUGACUCGAGCCCUCUGGCCAAAGCCGCCUCCACCUCGCCACCCCUGCGGCUGGAGGACUCGCCCCCCACCCGGCGGGACUCGGGGAGCUCCCAGUCGGAUGACCCAUCCAGCAGCAAUAAGGGCUACACCCCCCUGCGGGAGGCCGGCACCUCCUCGGAGUCGGUCUUGGACGCAGCAGCGGGUCAAACGCCAGACUCUGUGGCCGACCCCGCUCCGGGUGCGGAGCAGAGCUCCCCGGAGGGUGCCAGCCAAGAGCCACCCACGGCCGAGCAACCUCAGCCGAUGCAGAGGCAGUUUACAAACAAGGAGAAACUCUUCAUGAUUUCCAGGUCUCAUGCCAUAGGGGCAGAAGGAGAACUGGAAAGCACAGACAUUUAGAGAAAGGAGUGGGGUGGGGGGAGAAGGAGGGAGAAAAUGGGAGAAACGCCUACUUGAAUCAGUGCAUUAACAGGUCCCUGUUUCUUUUGUGGACUUAUCCGAGGACAUCAUUCAAUAUCCAAAGAGCUGCGGAAUGUUAUCCUUGAAUUGCGUCCACAAGACUCCUGUAGAUAACUCCAAGGAAUUUUUUUUAAAGCAAACUGGUCUUUUUAUGUCCGAUGGUGAUUGUAUGUUCAAUGAAAACCAAAUGUGUUAAAAGGUCAGCAAUCUAGUCCAUUAGAUAAAAAUUCUUUUAAUUUUCUUAGGAUCAAAAUAAUAUAUUUUUCACGGUAACUGUGCACUUUACUCCAAUUUUUUUUAAUCUCUAAUUUCCCGACCCCUGUACUCUGCGCUGGUUUUGCCCAUAGCCGCUUGCGAAUGGCAGGCUUUUUUUCUCCCUCCCUUUGCGGAACGUAGAAGAGUUUGUCUCAGUUUUCUUAGAAUUGAUGUUACUAACUGAAGUCAAAGCCAAAAGUGUGAGUAAUUCAGGAAAGAACACUUUCCUUGCCCCACCCCACUCUGCUCACCCAAUGCCCAAAAGCUUCUUUAUUUUUUAAAAGGGUGUAUAUGUUUUGCUACUAGGGUAUGUGGUGGAGACUGGAGGGGGCCAGGAACUAGAUGGACUGUUACAUUCCGAAAUUUAUAUCAAUUACACUAUGCUUUAUUGAGUGUUAUCACACCUGUAUUGAAAAUAGCAUUAAUAUUUAAAUCUUUUUUAAUAAAAGAAGUUUCCGAACAAACAGUUAAACAUAAUAUUGCCUCAUUUUGCCUUGGAGCUAGCUCAUGUGGUACAUUUAAAAUAUUUUGCUAUGACACUGCUACCAGGAUUGUUGUGACCUUCCCCCAAAGUACUCAGCACCAUUGUCACAUGUCCAGUGUAAUUUUAGGAUUAAAAUAUAGGGUAGUAUUUAGCAUUUGGGAAUUUCUCUUUCAAAUAGAAUGAAAAGUUAAGGAAAUAGUAAUUUCCUGUGAUACUCCUUGUUUACCUCCAAGCAUUAAUUUGCAAAGCACCAGGCUUAAUAUCCCCUUCCCAUCCUCUUGGAUAUCACUGAUUAUAAGUUCAUGGUCUUGAAUCCACGGCCUGCAUAGGCAAAAAGAUAAUGUUUUAAUAAUUUGGUAGAUUGUUUACACCUGAUGUCAUUAAAAGUGAAUUUGUUAAUUUUCAAAACCAGGAGACAAGAUGUGGUCAUUUUGGUCCCCUUGGGCAAAGCAGCUAGUCCUGUAGAAAGAGUGCAGAUUCAGAGCUGACCCAGCUGGACCCAGCUGUUGGCAUUUCCUAGCUGUGUGGCCUUGUACAAGUCACAAAUCCGGAGUCUGACAUCUGUCUAUAAAAUGAAGACAGCCAGACAUACCUCAUGGAGCUAUGAGGGGAAUAGAACAGGGUCGGGGUCAGAGAAGGGCUUCUAUGUGUGGAGUCCAGCAGAACACUUGGCCCAGAGGAUGUAUUCAAUAAAUGGUGGUUAUUGUAAUUAUUAUUACCGUUAUAAUAUGUUUUCUGAAUGCAUACUUUAGAAGAAUGGACCUUCCUUCAACUUGAACUCAAGAAAGUCUAGCCUGAAAUCUGCGAUAUCCUCCUAUUAUCUGUAUAACCUUAGACAAAUCACUUAAUCCCUUUGGGCCUCUGAUGGAUGAUAGACUCUCUGUGAUCUCCUUCAGCUCUAAAAGCCUUACUUAAAUUCAGGGUCUUGUCCUGGAUGUAAUCAUAUCACAUUUGUACCCACACAAAGAGUGAAUAUACAUCAUCAACUACCAUUAGUGCAACAUUCUGUAAUACAUUUUAAAAGGACCUAAUUUAUUCUCAGAUUGGAUCUACAUUAAACUAAUAACUCACUUUAAGGCUACAGAUUAAUAUAUUGGCUCUUCUAUAAAGCAAAAGUGAGUUUGCACUAGGGAGUGACAAGCAAGUGUAAUGAGACCUCAAGGUAGUGUUAAAUUUCACCAGUGUCAAUUGUUUUAUCACACUUCCAAAAUAAAUGUCAAACUUCCUUAGGUUUUCUUCUCCAUUACCUUAGGUAGUGGAUAAUUUAUAUACUGAGAUAGUGUGUUACUUAAAAGGGAAAACAGGUUCUGGUAUUCUACAAUACUGUUUCCAGUCCUCGGAGAAUGCACUGUAAAUGCUACAUUUAUCAAAUGCUAAGUGGCAUAUAGCAAAUAAUAAAACCAAUACCUCUUAGCUUAACUAAGGAGGAAUGGGCAGAAUAAUGUCUAUAUCUCACAAACUUUAGAAAAUUCCUAUAACAAACUGACUAGACUUGAUGAUACUGAUUGCCUAGCUAUAUUAAUCAGAUUAAAUGAAAUCUAGCUCAUGUUGAUAUUGUACACACAGUCCCUCUGAAAUUAAAUGAUUUCAGCAACCUAACUCAGUUCCAGAUCAGAUAAUAUCUAACUUAAUUAUUGAACAAUUUUACUAGAAAUUUUUUUCUGAAGAUAGUAAAAGAUCAAUUUUCUAAUCUCAACUUUCCAAAUCUUGGGAGGAGCCUAGGAUUUCUUUAGACUUCAGAGGAAGUGUAUGUAAGUCUAGUGAUUCGCAAUCUUAAUUUUCGUAGGAGCAGAAAUCUGCAAUAAUAAUGCUAAUUUUCACUCAAUACUUACUGUGGCCUAAAUACUAUUGUACGAAUCACAGCAACUCUAGUGAAGUAGGAUUAUUAUUAUCCUUGUUUUACAGAGAAAGACAGUGAGGUCAGAAAGAUGAAAUCGUUGCCCAGGGUUACACAGCUGGUAAAUGGUGGAUCCAGGAUUUACACAGAGUUUGGAGGAUUAUCUAGACCUGUUGGCAGAUGCUGAGUUGAAGUUGGCACUUCUGGAGACCAUCAAAAUACUUCCUACAUUCUUCAUUUCCUGCUAGAUCUCUUUCCAGACCACUCUUAGAGAAAUACAGAAAAUUGUCAGAAUGCACAGUCAGAUAAAAAGCUGGAGCUUGUGAAGCUUCAGACUGGCAUGAACAAGCUUUUUUCAAAGUGACUUUUCAGGUGUUUUUGUACUGAAUAAAUAGGAGCAUUUGAAAGGGCCUUAUAGAUCAUGGAGUCCCCCCACCUUUAAUUUAUAAAUGAGGUUCCUAAGAUUUAGAAAGAUGGAACAAUUUAUUCAGAGACAGUAGUAGCAGGACUAGAAUGUUAAAUUAAAAUAAUUGCAAGAAUUGGUGUGAUGGUAUUUUUCCCCUGAAUUUCUAUCAUGUACCAGCUGGGUGACCAUGGGCAAGCUUCUUAGUCUCUCUGUGUCCCAAUUUCCUUUUCCACACAAUAGGAAUAAUAAUGUCCCUGCCUUAUAAGACUGGGGUAAAGAUUAAAUAAACUAAUAUUUGUUUAAAGUGCUUAUAAUGGGCUUGGCACAUAGAGAGUACCAUAAAAAGUUUUGUUCAUUUUAUUUAAAAUAGAAUCAAUUGCAAAACAAUUACUUCAUAUGACCUUCCUUUUUAUUAACAGAAUAAUUUCUGGCUUAAAAAUCUAAAGUGUGAGGCAACAUAACAUAGUGGCUCAAAGUAUGACUUGGGGGCUUAUAUAAAAUUAUAACUGGGUCUUCACAUCUAUUAAAUGGAGAUAAAUAGCAUUUGACUCAUAGAAUUAAUUAUUUAAGUGAGGAAUAAAUAAACUAAUAUAAUUAAAGGACUUAGAACAACUCCUGGCACAUAAAAAUAUUCAGUAAAUGUUAACUACUAUUAUUAAGGCAAAAUACAGAAAAGCAAUUAGUAGGCUAAAUUUACUACUCAGUUGCUAGGGACAACCAUAAACUUAAUGUACGAAAAAGUCUUUAUAAUUUAGGUAUAUCAGCAAGAAAAAUUAGACCUUAAAAAAUGAGGGCUUAUUCUGCUGCAAUGCUUCCUGAUAGAACAUAGAACCAUCAAGAGCUAGAUAUAUGCUCCUUAUGGUCCCAGGAUUAUAAUAUUGUAUAACAAUGAAUGAAUGCCCAGGCUGGUACACAUGGCUGUAUUUAGCCACAAUUAUUCCAUUUCUAUUUAUUGAGGCUAGCCAUAUCAGAAAGCCUAGGCAAGUCCCUGAGGUCUCAGCCCCCUAACUAUUAGGCCUUAAGUAAAGAUCAGGGCUCUAUUGAUUUAUUUAAAUUGUCUAGACAAAAGUUUUUUCUAUAUUAAUUUUUUCUUUAGUAAUUUUGAGUUUUUUAAGACACAGUUUUGAAAUUUUUUGAGCUAGAGAACUUAAAAAACCCUCUGAUGUAUAAAAUUAGUACAAACUAAGUAUGUGAUCUUGUAUUUCAAUUAGGAAAGUAUUUUUGCCAAGAUAUAAAAAUACAUUCUAUGAACAAGAUCUUCUUGUGUUAAAGGUUGCAGUUUAAGAUUGAUAUUUUUCUCAUUUAUAACAAAUAAAGAAUAGGUUGAUGUUUAUGGAGUUUGUUUUCUGUAGACCAAGACCAUUUUAAAAUUUUUAUUAUUAUUUGAAAGGGAAGAGUAAAAAUCAUUGGGGAAACAUUUAGACUAAGUUUUUGAAUGACUAACUCUGAAAAACAAUCUAAGACACCCUGUCCCA